AUGCAGGAAAUGACAGCCCGGAUAGAAGCUCAAGCAAGAACCUGUAUUCUGAUUUGGGGGCUCCUGCUGGCUAUCUCCAGCUGCUCUGCCUAUGAUGAGGAUCUAGUCAAGUGCUUCCAGGACCCAGAAUAUGAGUCCAUCCUCACCAUGGCCCAGGAUAAGCUCCCUCGCUCCCCACUGCCCAAACACAUAGUGGUAGUGGGAGCUGGUGUAUCAGGCCUGACAGCAGCCAAGACCCUGCAGGACCUUGGUCACCAGGUAACCAUUUUGGAGGCCAGUGACCACAUAGGGGGUCGAGUAGUCACAUUCAGGAAUAAGGAAGAGGACUGGUACUACGAGCUGGGGGCUAUGCGAAUUCCCAAAUCCCACAGACUGACCCAUACCUUUAUCGAGAAGCUGGGCCUGAAGCUGAACAAGUUCAUCCAAUUCGAUGCCAAUACCUGGUACCUAAUCAAUGGACAACACUAUCGUGCCAUGGAGGUCAUGGACAAACCAGAGCUCCUGGCCUAUUCCAUGGACUCUACAGAGACAGCCAAGAAUGCCAUGAAUCUCUUCUACCAGGCCAUCACCAAGACAAAACAAAAUCUGAAAAUGUCCAACUGCAGCCAGCUGAUGUCCCUUUACAGUUCUUACUCCACCAAGGAUUAUCUGCUGAAGAAAGGGCAACUGAGCAGAGAAGCAGUAAAGAUGAUCGGAGAUGUGAUGAAUGAGAAUUCUGGCUACUAUAAGUCCCUUCUGGAGUCCCUGCAGAACAUGAACAUCUCCAAAAGUGAUGACUUCUCUGAGAUCACAGGAGGCUUUGACCAGUUCCCCAAUGCCCUCAACGCCAGCCUGAGGCCUGGCACUGUCCAUCUGGGGUCCAAGGUGGAGAUGAUGGUGAGGAACGGGCCCGAGGUCCAGGUUUUGUACCGUGUGGGGGGACCCACAUCAAAGCUGCACAACCUCACAGCAGACUACAUCAUCAUCUCCAGCUCAGCCAAGGCCACUCGCCUCAUUGCCUUCCAGCCACCCCUCUGCCCACGCAAGAGAGAUGCCCUGCGUUCAGUGUACUACACCAGUGCUACCAAAGUGAUUUUGGCCUGCAACCAGAGAUUCUGGGAUAAGGAUGGAAUUAGGGGUGGGGUAUCCAUCACUGACCGGCCCUCACGGUACAUCCAGUAUCCCAGUCACAGCUACCCCAGUGGCAAGGGUGCCCUACUGGCUUCCUACACUAUAGGCAAUGAUUCCCUCUUCUUCACUGCCAUGAAACAAGACCAGGUUGUAGACAUUGUUCUAGAUGACCUGGCAGCUGUGCAUCAGAUACCCAAGGAGGAGCUGCAGCACAUGUGCCCCACCUCAGUGGUCAAACACUGGUCCCUGGACCACUUCACCUUUGGUGCCUUUGCUCAGUUCAGACCCUACCAGUUUGUGGACUAUUCACAGCAGCUCUUCCAGGCAGAGGGCCGCAUUCACUUUGCAGGUGAGCACACCUGCCUUCCCCAUGCGUGGCUUGACACUGCCAUCAAGUCUGGCCUUCGGGCAGCCAGGAACAUCCAGGCUGCUGUUGACAAGGAGAUGUCUCUGCAGAAGCUCUUCAUCAAAACCCAGGAUGGUUUCUCCCCCAAGAACAAUCCCUGA